AUGAAGAAGGAAGAGGGAAGGGAAGAGAAGGAAGAAGAAAGGAAAAGGGAAGAUGAGGAAAGAAGAAGGAGGGGGGAGAGGAAGGGAAGAAAGAAGAAGGGAAUAAGGGAAGAAAGAAGAGGAAAAGGGAAGAAGAGGUUGAUGAGGAAGAAGGGUUUGGUGGGUAUUGGGAGUUGGGGGGGGUUUGGGAGGUUGGGGUGGGUUUGGGAGUUUGGGUGUGGGUUUGGGAAUUUGGGGAGGGGGUAUGGGGGUGUUUGGGGUUUUUUUAUGUGA